AUGGCAGACGAUAAGGGCGCAAAGGAUGCCUCGGGGACCAGCACCGUCAUGGAGAGCAACCAAGAUGAGGCCGGCUUGGCCAGGAUGGGCUACAAGCAGGAGUUAAAGAGAGACUUAGGCUUGAUGCAGAACUUUGGUGUUUCGUUCUCGAUCAUUAGCGUGAUCACCGGCAUUAGUUCACUCUUCCUGUAUGGUUUGACAACAGGAGGACCCGCAGUGAUGGUGUGGGGCUGGAUAGUCGUGGUUGCAUCUCCUAGCAUGCUCCACCAUGUUAGUCGGUUUGUCGAUGGCUGUGCGCACCCCACCAGCGGUGGGCCGUACUUCUGGGCCGCCAUGCUAUGCAAGCCAGAACAUGCAGCAUUCUCGUCCUGGAUCACCGGAUGGUUCAAUCUGCUUGGCCAAGUCGCUGUCACAACCGGCAUCAGCUUCGCGUGUGCAACAUUCAUCUCGACACUCGCCACGUUUAACACUUCCUUCGUGCCGUCAGCGCCGCGGACGAUUGGAAUAUACGCAGCGGUGCUCUCUGCACAGGGUCUGAUCAACACGUUCGGCGUGCAUCUUCUGCGGUACCUGAACAACGUCUCCGUGUGGUGGAACGCGCUAGGCACGACUGCGCUUGGGAUCGCUGUCCUUGCUGCGGCGCCGACACACCAGUCUGCUCACUUUGUCUUUCAGACGUUCAUUGAUGGUACCGGCGUGGACGGCGUUGGAUGGGCCCAGCGCGCGAGCCCAGCAUAUGUCGUGAUCAUUGGGAUCCUCAUGGCACAAUAUACCUUGUUGGGGUACGAUGCAAGUGCGCAUAUGACUGAAGAGACCCAUAAUGCUGCAAUGUCGGGGCCUCUCGGUAUCGUCAUGGCCAUCGGAGUGUCCGCUGUUCUUGGAUGGUUUCUCAUCCUCGCUCUGCUCUUCUCGAUUCAAGACCUUGAAACCACGCUCGCCCCACCCUCUGGUGAACCCAUCGCACAGAUUUUCUUGGACACUGUAGGCGAGAAGGGUGCGAUUGUCCUCAUGGUCAUCGUCAUCGGUGCCAUAUUCUGGUGCGGGGUGUUCUCAGUCACGUCGAACAGUCGGAUGAUGUACGCGUUCGCGCGGGACGGCGGCAUCCCUGGACACAAGUUCUUCCACAAGGUUGACCAGAAGCGCAGGUCACCCGUUCGCACAGUAUGGUUGGCCUGCACACUGAGCUUCAUCCUCGGUCUGCCGAGUCUAGGAAGCGCGGUCGCUUUCUCCGCCGCAACGAGUAUCGCAACCAUUGGGCUGUACAUAUCCUACGGUAUCCCCAUCGCACUGCGGGUCAUCUAUGCGCCGCGCUUCGUGCGUGGACCGUUCCACCUCGGCGCGUUCUCAUAUCCCAUCGCAACGGGCGCUGUGCUCUGGAUAAUCUUCAUCACCAUCGCGUUCGUCUUGCCGGAGGAGAACCCGGUGAACUCGCAGACACUGAACUAUGCCAUCGUCGCAGUCGGCAUCGUCGUCACAUACAGCCUCGGCUUCUGGCUCGUCAGCGCGCGGCGGUGGUUCACGGGACCGGUGAAGCAGAUCGAGGCGGAGGCGCAAGGCGUGGACGUCAUGAACGGGGGGGACAUAGAAAACGGGAAACGACUGAGCGAGGGAGAGGGCUCCGUGUAA